ACUGCCUUGUCUGCAAUGGUGUCUGGGGCUUUUCCCACGAGCGCCCCUCUCUCGCUCUCCUCCCCAGGCCACUAGACGCCGCGCUCCGCUGCGCCGCCUCCGCCUCCGCCUCCGCCUGCCCCCAACCCAACCCUAGCUCCUGCUCGAGCUCAGGGCGAGAUGGGGUCCUCGUCCUCGCCGUCACCGCCGCCGCCGCCCAUGAUCGGGAGGGCCGGGAACCUCACCGUCUUCAUCACGCCGCCGUCUCCCGCGAGCACGCCGCGGGGCGCGUCGCGCACCCCGCCGCCCGAGUCCCCGCGCUCGGAUUUCUCCACGCCGACCCCGCAGAGGGCGGCCCCGUCGCCCACGCCGACCCCGCAGAGGGCGGCCCCGUCGCCCACGCCGCGGAAGCCCGCGAGCCCGGUCGCGGCGCCCGCGGUGGUGUUCACCCCGCCCCCGCCGCCGGCUCCCGUUAAGGUCCCGCCGCCGCCGGUGCAGGUGCCGCCGCCGCAGUACGAGAAGGCGUCCGCGGGUGGCAAGCACGACGGAUCGGCGUUCGGCUUCUUCUGGGACGCCGUCGCGCGCGUCCAGGAAGCGCACGCGAGCCUCGAUGAGUACGUGGCGAACUGGUUCGGGUUGGAUCAGUCCAAGUACCAGUGGGCGCUCAAUGACUACUACGAGGCUACCGGCAAGGAAAUGGAUUAUGUAAAAGGUGGCAAGCCGAAGGAGCUUACUACUACUAAAGUGCAAAAGGUCUGAAAGCAACUUCAUUUUGCGUUGAAGAUGUGUAGUUAGCAGCGUAUGUAUGGGGAAGCAUGUUCCAUUUGUUGCAUUUUGGUGGGGGCCUGAAGGGUGGUCGUCUCUACUGUCGAAAAACAACCCUCAGGUGUAUGGUCUGUACCGCCCGCGCACCAGACAUCUGGAGGCCGCAGCUGAAUCAAGGAGGGGGUGCUGAAGUCGUUUUGUUCCGCCGUUCAGGAUCUGCUGUAAUCCUAAGGUUAUCUCAAAACAGAAAAUCGGUCGUAUUUGAAAUGGCUAAUAGUAUUUCUAUAAGCUGCCUGUGUUGUUUACCGCCA